CUUUUUUACUCUUCCGCAUCCCCGCCUCCAUCGUCUUCCCCAUUUUCCUUCUCCACGUCCCCAUAGACCCAAUUCUCACCAUGUCGGUCGCGAAAAUCACCACCAUCUCCCCCAUCACCAACCGCCCCCUUCUCACCCGUACCGGGGCCUCCCCGGAGGACAUUGUGCGCAUCGCCGAGUCCGCCCAGGAGGCCUUUCGCUCCUUCUCCGAAUCAACCACUCUUAAGCAGCGCCAGGAGAUCGUCACUCGAGCUCUAAACAUCCUUGAAGGGAGAAAAGAUGAGCUGGCCAAGGAGAUAACCGAUCAAAUGGGCCGGCCCAUCGCCUACACCGGGGUCGAAGUCGCGACUGCCAUCAAGCGAAGUCACUACCUCACCCGCAUCAGUGAUUCCGUUCUCGGUGAUGACAGCAUUAUACCGGGUGAAGAAGAGAAGGGCUUCAAGCGAUACAUCAAACGGAAGCCUGUGGGCGUUAUCUUGAUCAUCUUUGCCUGGAACUAUCCCUACCUUGUCCUCGUCAACAGCUUAAUCCCGGCCAUCCUGGCCGGCAACGCCGUAAUCCUGAAACCCUCGCCCCAAACACCCACCAUUGCCGAGGAAGUCACCGCGGCGUUUCACGAGGCCGGCCUCCCCUCGAACGCGCUUCAAUACGCGCACUCCGGUUCCGCCACUCUCCUCGAAAGCCUCGUUCGCUCCCCCGCCAUCAAUCACAUCUGCUUCACCGGUUCGGUGGAAGGCGGGCUCGCCACGCAGAAAGCCACCUCAGACCGCAUCGUCAACGUCGGGCUGGAACUCGGCGGCAAGGACCCGGCGUACGUGCGCGAUGACGUGGACCUGGCUUGGGCGGCGGCGGAGAUCGUCGACGGGGCGAUCUUUAACAGUGGGCAGAGCUGUUGUGCGAUCGAGCGGGUCUACGUGCAUCAGAAUGUCUACGAUGGGUUUGUGGCGGAGGUUAAGAAGGUGCUGAGUGGCUAUCGGGUCGGGGAUCCGUUUGACCCGAAGACGCAGAUCGGGCCUGUGAUUUCGAAACGGGCCAAGGAGGGGAUCGAGAAGCAAAUUGCUGAAGCGCUGGAGAAGGGCGCGAAGGAUGAGACGCCGCCGAACGAGACCUUUGAUAAUCUUCCUGCAGAGGGAAACUAUGUCAAGCCGACGCUGUUGACGGGGGUUACCCAUGAGAUGCGCGUCAUGACGGAGGAGACCUUUGGACCAGUGAUCCCGUUAAUGAAGGUGGAGGGCGACGCGGAGGCCGUUAAAUGGAUGAAUAGUAGUGAUUUUGGGUUGACGGCGAGCGUAUGGACGAAGGAUGUCGCGGCCGCAGAGGAUCUGAUCGAGUGGGUCGAGGCGGGGACAGUGUUUAUCAAUCGGUCGGACUAUCCCAGUCCGGACCUGGCCUGGACCGGCUGGAAGAACUCUGGACGCGGCGUGACGCUCAGUCGAUUCGGAUUCGAGCAGUUUGUCAAGCUGAAGAGCUACCACAUCAAGGAGUAUCCGAAAUAGACGGUGAUCCGGCGCUUUGUUUGUUUGUUGAUAGACCACAAUGACUUUGAAUGACAAUGACAAUGACAAUGCCAAUACCAAUGACAAAUUCAC